AUGCAAUCAGCAAGGCUCUUGCUUGACAGGAAAGGACAGUCCGCUGUCGACCUCGGAUCUGCGAGCAUAGGCGGCACAAAGGUGAUCGAUCCAUCAGUCACAGUCGUGAGUCUCACGUUGCAGGAUCGCAGGCGCUGUGAGAAAGCCAAGACUGUGACUGCGUGCACUCCUGCACCUGCACCUGCACCUGCACCUGCACCUGCACCUAAUCCUCACCCUCACCCUCACAACCGAGAAACCUCCAAUCACGAAUGUAGGAGGUGUCUCAAGUCGUGGAUGCUCACCCCGGCGCUAUGAACCCCUUUUGCGUGCGUGCGUGCGUGCGUGCUAGCUACUGUAUCGGGACUCACCGAGCUGCUCUUGUUGCCCACGUGGCUUUCGGAAAGCUUAGCAGCAGAGCGCCGAGCUAGUCUUGUUAUGAGCACUAUGACUCACGACUGAUGUCAGGUAGCAUGUGCGUGUCCAACCUCGAUAGCGUCCGAAAGCAAGGAUGAGACCAGCUUCAUCGACGCUCCGGCCCUUGGCUCCACUCACACUCUUGGCUCGCGAGUCGCGACUCUCGACUUCAACGCGUUGACCUUACACCGCGGUGUAUUCGUGAUUCCCCCGGCUGGCGCGCCGCGGUGCAUCACGUGGGGUCAGCCAUGCAGCCAUGCAGCCAUCAGCGCGCAUGCUGCUGCAGCAGCGGCACAAACGCGCGAUCCACGUAGCGGCGGUCACGUGUAUCGACUUACACGCGCCGCGUUGGGAAACGACCGGAUGAUCCCAUCGCGCCUAUCGCGGCCACAGCAGGCGCGCACCCUUCAUCCUCAGAGCCUGCAGCACCUUCGAACCUUGAUCUUUGACUCGUGAAUGCUUCAUAGGCUUCACCAGCCGCUCGCCUCUCAGGUGCGGUACAACGACGACGCCUCGCGCGACAUCGCCAUCACCAACCAAGCGCGUACCAGCGCCAUCGUUUAG